UGAAAAUCCUCCUAAAGGCCAGUUGUGGCGAUGUAACUUUUGCGCCUAUAAGGCUAUAGUGGGAUCAUGAUGAGUGCUUGAUUCAUGUAGCACCACCUAAAUAGCCCGUUUCCAAUAACCCUAUCUCACAAUAGUCUCAAGUAGCUGCCUGGUGAUAGAUUCCCCUGAAGUCUGAGCUAUAUAUUGCCUAAUCGCAUAUGCUACGAUAAGCCCAUGUGUGCAUUAAAGCAUAUCUGUCCGAAUUUACACUAAAUUGGAUUUGCAGAUUGGCGGUUAGUUCAUGACUUCAUCUUCUCAUCUUCUUUUUAUUCGAGGUGUCAGUUCACACAAGAGAAAACAAGGCUCCUUGAAUUGAAGAUGGCUAUACCGGACUUAGUCAAGCACUUUACUAGCAUAAGUCCAGCCGCAUAUUGUCAACUCUUCUACGUCCUCGCGGCCGCAGCGGUGUUAGGUAUUGCCGUGGCUCCCGAGUCCACACGACGCCUCCUGACUCAAUAUGGGGCUCGAUCUUCACCUACGGGCACAUCGGACAACAAGGAGGGAAGGCAGGCUCGCGACGGACCUCUCGUUAGUAUUCUUAGCUGGGCUACAUCUGUGGGUAAAGUACCUCAUUCAUGGUUUAUUCACUUCUAUAUUCUUUCCGUGUUCUGCUCCAUCUUCUGGGCUGUUCAAUUCCUUAGCCAUGGAAAGAUACUUGAGUUUGUAGUCAAUAACCAGACUCCGAGCGAGACAUGCUCAAUGUCGAUCAACCAAGUCGUCAUCAUGUGGGCUUUGAUGAGCUUGCAAGGUGCUAGACGUCUCUACGAAUGUGUGGCUAUUGUUCGCUCUUCGCCUUCUGAGAUGUGGAUUAUCCAUUGGUUGUUGGGUGUUGCCUAUUAUUUCUUCACGGGCAUUUCUAUUUGGAUACAUGGAUCUCGUAGGUACUAUGGCCAUGUUUCGUUUACAAUCUUCUAAAAAGUAAUGAUUAUAGGUUCAAUUCAGUCCUCCGAUAGAAGAACAUUCAGUAUUGAGAUACCAUCAUUCAAUACGGUCUUCGGGCUUAUCACGUUUUGGGCCUCAUGGCUCAUGCAAUACAGAUGCCACAGCUAUUUGUCUCGAUUGAAGAAAUAUUCACUUCCGGGGGACGGUUUAUUCCAGUACCUGGUGUGCCCGCAUUAUACGUGCGAAUGCGUAUUAUAUCUUUCUCUAGCAUUGAUAGCAGCACCCGUGGGCCAACUGUACAACAGGACGUUGAUAUGCACCCUGCUGUUUGUCGCAGUCAAU